AAGAAAACUGAUCAUAAUUGUAAGUGAGCGAGGACUGGUCAAUAAAUCGUUAAAACAUCGCCGACCCAUGUUGUAGUUUGUAACUUGUGUCGGCUACAAAAACACUGGGUUGCACAGACUGAUUUCGUCCUCCGUUGAAGACUCCACUGCAUUUUCUCUCUCCAUGUCCUGAAGUGAGAGAGAGAGAGAGAGAGAGAGAGAGAGGAUCUAAUGGAGUACGAGAGGAUUCACAAAGUUCAGAGUGGUAUAAUAUCUCCAAGUAAAUUGAGGAUUAAGCUAAUAAGGGCAGCUGCUCAGCAUCAAAGGAAGAAAGAUGGAUCAAAUAAUAACUCAAUGAAAACAUCUCCUUCCAAGCUUGAGGAUUAUUACACCUGGCUGCUCUUCAUUGAAUACGCUGUGCCUUACUGCACCUUGUGCCUAGGCAAUCUGGUGGUAGAUGUUGGCCAAGGGAAUCAGAGUUCAUGCCAGCCAAGGGAAAAUAUCAAAAUGCAGCAAUUUUCUAAGUGUGAUAGUGGUAAUUCAAGUUCAGUUCACCCAAUGCGAACAUUCGAAGAUGAAAAUCUUGAUUAUGAUAGUAAUGCUAGUUCAUCUAGCUUUGAGUUUCAUAAAGGAGAACGAUUACUACACAAUUCUAUAAAUAGAUCACUAUCGAGACCUAUGCCGUCUAAGUGGAACGAUGCAGAGAAAUGGAUAAUGAAUAGGCAAAAUAAUAUGCAAGCUAAUUAUUCUAAGAAAUCUCAUCUACAAAGUCAAGCAACUCGGUUACCGAUCACAAAUACAGUGAGAGUUGCUCCGGACUCUGCUAGUUAUGAUCAAAAGCUGUCAGUUAAGUUGGUUGAUUUCUGUCAAACAACAUCUCAAAUGGGCUUUGAGAAGUUCUCUUUUGGUCAAACCAAUGGGGCAAAUGCAGUAAUUGAUCUGUAUCCUCAGAGUAAGGAUUUGAAGGAAGUGGACAACAGGGACGCAUCUUGUACAAAGAGUUCAAUUGAAGAUACCACAGAUCUUCCUGCCAUAAGAUCAGUUUGUAUGAGAGAGAUGGGUACAGAAAUGACCCCUAUUCCAAGUCAAGAGCCUUCAAGGACCGCAACCCCUGUGGGGGCCACAACACCGCUUCGCAGCCCAACUUCUUCAAUCCCAUCUACUCCUCGAGGAGGAGCACCGGGACCCACCCCUAAUGGGCAAACCACUGAUGACAAGUCAUCAGAGCAUAGCAAAAAAGAAUUGUCAGAGCAAGAAUUAAAGCUCAAAACAAGGAAGGAGAUAUUAGCCCUUGGUGUCCAACUAGGCAAAAUGAAUAUUGCUGCCUGGGCAAGUAAAGAUGAGAAGGAAAAGAAUUCCUGUGCGCCUGAAACAAUGGAUCAACGGAUUGAAUUUGAAAAACGUGCAGCUGCAUGGGAGGAAGCUGAAAAAUCCAAACACACCGCAAGAUACAAGCGUGAAGAAAUCAAGAUCCAAGCGUGGGAAAGUGAGCAGAAAGCAAAACUUGAGGCAGAGAUGAGGAGAAUAGAGGCCCGAAUUGAACAAAUGAGAGCACAUGCUCAAGCAAAGAUGGUGAGGAAGAUAGCAAUAGCAAGGCAAAAAUCAGAAGAAAAAAGGGCUGCAGCUGAAGCCAGAAGAAAUGAACAGGCAGAGAGAAGCUCAGCUCAGACAGAAUACAUUCGCCGAACAGGUCGAAUUCCAUCAUCAUCAACCUUCAUCUGUUGUGGUUGGUUUUCGUGACUCUGCAAAUAUUCUGUUGCUUCUCCAUACAAUCACUUAGCAAAAUUAGCCUCUUUUGUUUGUACUCUGUUUUGGAUUUCAUCAUGAAAAGGAGUGUUGUCCUUUAUGUUAUUCAUUCCAUGCUUGUAUUUACUGAGAAAACCUCAGUGUAAGUUGUCUCAUGAAAUGAAUUUUACAUUUGAUGCACA